AAGACUUAGCUCCUGGGGAAAGGACAUAACAUUGACCCAGGCCCCCGGACACAGGCUAGAUCCCUCUUCGGACACUCAGCAGUUUUUAGCAGCACUCUAGCCAAGAUGAUGGGCAUGGGGCAAGGCGCUGGAGACUUUGGUGGUGGCAUGAUGCGCAAGCGUGGGCGCGAGGACGAAGGCGCCGAUGGAGUGAAGAAGGUGUUUGUGGCUGGACUUCCGUUCAACGUGGAUUGGCAGGAGUUGAAGCGCUAUUUCCGGACGGCGGGGACAGUGGUGUACGCGGGCGUGAUGAAGGACAAGGAGAAGGGCACGUCGAAGGGCUGCGGUGUGGUGGAAUUCGAGACUGCUGAGCAGGCUCAAAACGCGAUACAGCUCUUCAACGGUACCCAGAUGGCGGGGAGGACCAUCUACGUGCGCCUUGACCAGGACAAUCCCAUUGGGGGCAUGGGUGGCGACGGGAACCCGGCCGCAAAGAAGAUUGCGAGCGGGAACAUGGGUGCCGGAAUGGGCACUGGCGGCAUGUACGGAGGCGGCGGCAUGGGCGGCAACGAUGGAAACCUCUAUGGUUCGUCGCAGCAGGGUGGCAUGAUGGGUGCGGCAGGCGGAAUGAGCGGCAAUGGCAUGGGAGGCGGCAUGUCCCAGAUGGGACAGUUUGCCGGCAUGCAAGGCGCGGCAGGCGGCGGCAACGGCAUGGGCGGAGGCAAUGCCGGCGGCGGUAUGGGCAUGGGCGCUGGUAGCGGCAUGGGCGGUGGAAUGGGCAUGGGCGCUAACGGCGGCGCUGGUGGCAUGGCAGGAGGCAUGGGCGGCGGUAUGGGUGGCAUGGCGGGCAUGGUCAAGCCUCAGCAACAGCAGCAGCCCCAGCAGCAGCAGCAGGGCCAGAUGCAGCAGCAGCAGCAGCAGCCGUCCGCUGCUUCGAGCAUGCAGGGUGCCAACACUAUGGCGUCGCUCCUGAGCAUGGCCAACGCGGCGGCAGCGGCGGGCAUGGGAGGCGGGGGCGGCAUGGGAGGCAUGGCCGCGCUUGCGAACAUGAUGGGCCUGGCUGGCAUGGCCGGCAUGGGCGGUAUGCCUGGCAUGGGCGCGAUGGGCAUGGGCGCGAUGGGUAUGCCCGGCAUGGGCGGCAUGGGCGGUAUGGGCAUGGAUGGUCCGCAGUGGGGCCCCAUGGGUGGCAUGGGCGGCAUGCCGCCUAUGAUGGGCGGCAUGCCCCCUAUGAUGGGGCCGCCCAUGAUGGGGCCGGGCGGCCCGGGUGGCCCUGGAGGCCCUGGCCGCCGCCUCUUCAUCAACAACCUGUCGUUUGACACCGAGUGGCGCGCUCUCAAGGACCACUUCAAGUCGUUCGGUGCGACGUACAGCAAGAUCAUAUUGGACAAGGAGACGGGCAAGUCCAAGGGUUGCGGUAUUGUGGAGUUCGAGAACCCCCAUGACGCCCGGAUGGCCAUGCAGAAGCUCGACGGCUCGACACUGGAUGGCCGCACCAUCCACAUCCGUGAGGACCAGCAGGAGGGCAUGCCGCCGCCGGGCAUGAUGGGCGGGCCGAUGGGCCCUCCCGGCAUGAUGGGCGGCCCCAUGGGCAUGGGCAUGGGCAUGGGCGGCCCGCCGCGGAGGGACAUGCGCGAGCGGCGGCCGCAGGUGGACGCCGAGACUCGCAAGACCUGCCAGAUUGUGGUGCACGGCCUGCCGUUCUCGUACGAGUCGCCGCAGCUGCGCGACCUGGUCAAGCAGUGCGGCCAGAUCCUGGACUGCGAGGUGAAGAAGGACCGCAUGACAGGCCGCAGCAAGGGCUGGGGGACCGUGCUGUUCCAGGCGCCGGAGGGCGCAAACGCCGCCAUCGAGAAGUUCAACGGGCACGACCUGCACGGCCGCGUCCUGUCCGUGAAGCUGGAUGCUCACAUUCAGUAGUUGGCUGGUUGACACCAGUAUGGAGCCCCUGAAACGUACACAUUGGUAGCGUGGGUACUGUCUGUGAGCAGCUCUUAGCAAGCUCACUACGGCCACGUGAACACAUCUACCGGGAUACGCCGACCUGGAUGAAGGGAAGUACCAGGCCACUUUCAGGCAGGGACUGUACCUUUGCGUCCGGUAGUCACAUGACCUGAUUUUGACAGCUUCAGGAAGGACAGCUCGACAUGGACAAUCACAUUGGCGAUGAGCAGGAUGUGUCGUGAUUGGUUAUGUGCAAGGAUGACCCAUUAGGCAGUGUGCAGCGGCCCUUGACCACUUGAGCGGUCACUGCUUGCUGCCAUGGUUAGGCAGGGCAAGGGUAUGUACAUGGCCUGAGGGCUGAAGGGAAGGGGAUGAGGGCUGUGUCCCCCCCGUUGAACAUCUUGGUAACCCCUAGCAGGGGAUGUCAGAUGCUGACUUCGGAUGCCCCGGUCGGCCGGACAGUGUCAGUCCGCUGGCGAACACGGCCUGUGCUGUUACGUGUGCUGCCCUUGCACAGCGGUGCAACUCGUCCCACCACUUCACCCACUGUGAGGCACUGAGUGCAAACAGUAAUGGCAGCGAACGGAAUGCAUUGCAGGUCUGCAACCACCUGUGAGCGCAACCGUGUGCAAUCUUCUCGCAUAACAACAUUGUACGGUAGCAACGACCCACCGCCAACGGUAACAUGCACUCGGUACAGGGGGUGGCCGGGUGGGGGUAGAAAGCUCAGGAUCUCCCCCUAUGCUCAAAAGAUUACAGAGGCACACGGGCAGUUGGCGCUAGUCGGCAGGCGCGCGAGUGGGAGUGGACAGUUGAGCGCGCACGCGUGUGGCAAGGGGCGGCAGAGCACGGUGGAGCACGGUGGAGCACAGGUCGGUGCCAAGUUUAGGGCUUGGCGCGCGUGUGGGCUUUUUCCUUGUCGGUUCGGCGCGGGUCGGGUUCUUGGGUUUGCGUUAGGGGCGCUGGUUUUCGGGAGUGUGCUGUCCCGCCGGCCGUGUGUGGGGCGUGCGGUGCGUGAUCGCCGGCUUCUCGGCCGUCUUGUGGGUUGUGUGUGCACGUGUGAGUGCCUGUUUGCGGCGGGCGCGUGUUGGCUGCGUGGGCGGGCUCCUUGGCGGGCUUUUCGUCCUGGCUGUGUUUUGCCCUGUGUGUGUGCGCGUGUCCCCUCUCCGCCCUGUGUGUGUGCGCGUGUCCCCUCUCCCGUGCCGCAGGGCUGCUGGUUUUAAG